AUUUCCCGUUCAAAAUUUCUAGUAACAUAAUUAAUUGGUCCAAAUUCAAUUAGUGCAUUGGUCCAAGAUGAGUUGCUUCGGCUGCAGCCGCAAAUAUGGACUGUUCUGCAAAGAGUACGGUUGUCCCAAUUGUGGAUAUUCCUACUGCGCCAAAUGUCUGAAGCGGCCAAUGCCAGUGCCACGCCAGGGUGGCAAAGUGCUGAACGUCUGUCUAAUCUGCUUUGACAAACUAAAUAAGCAGCAAGCUAGUGCUGAGGCUGAGAAAGUCAUUGAUUGUGAGGCGUUGCCGGGGGAGCUGGUCAAGCGAACGCCACCUAAAGGCGCCACAACACAUGACGCAGAGGCGGCUGAUGCACUCUUUGACAAUGUGCUACCCUCUGAGGAACUGGCCGCUGUCCUGGCGCCUAUUAGCAGCGUAACACCUGACACCAAUCCAACUAGAGUACAUUCCACAGCCGCCGAGGAUAUUGACGAAAAUCUUGAUAGCGCAAUAAGCACACGGUUGCAAAAUCUUAAGGCUGUUGAGUCCACAGACGACGAAAUACGUGCGCGAUUGUCCAAUUUAAGUGGAAUGCCGCACCAGAAGAACUACGACAAGAAAGAUUUGUUGCUAUCGACAGACAAAAGAACCGAUCAGGAGAAAAUGAAAGAUCUUUUAGAACAGUUUUUGGGCGAGACGCAAAUUGAUCAACGCAUAGAGCAUGAACGCAAUGAUGCUAUUUCGGAUAUUGAGCGUCGCUUGCGGGCGUUGCGUGAUGCGCCAAUCGAAGGGAGCACAGCAAUCGCAACAGGCGGGCCAGUCUAUUCACCAGAUACCAACACUCCUAGUGAUAAUGAAGCCGAGGAGGACGAGCAAACUACACUUAAAAAGAUUAUGGACAAGUAUUUUGCUGAAGCGCGUUUGCCAGUUGCGGCCAAUGAACUAGAAACAGAGUUGGCCAAUAGCAUACCAGUGCCCACACCCUCGACUGAAACUGAGGAGCUGCCUUGGUGCAAUAUUUGCAACGAAGAUGCUGUUUUUCGCUGUCGGGGUUGCGACGGUGAACUCUUUUGUGCGCAAUGCUUCCGUGACUGUCAUGACGAUGAUGAGGAAUAUCGUGCGCAUGAGAAAGAGAAAUAUAGCGCACCUCCGAAAUUUAAGGAAAAUCACUUUUGAGGAAAUCUACGACGACUCAUUGUGAAAAGCGUUGCAGAAAUUUGACACAUGAUGCUAUUUUUCAGUUUCGCAUUACAUACAUAUACAAAGUUAAAUGUGUACGAUAAUAUGCGUAUAUAUGUAUGUAUGUAUGUAUAAGCUACAGUCCAAAACUUGAUUUUAAUCAAAUUUAUGUUAAAUAUGUUUACAGGCUAUUAAAUGCCAUAGUCAUAAAAUUAAUUAUUUAAGGUGUGUGUGUCAGUUCAUGCGAAGUUUCUUUUUUCGCAGCAAAUAUUACAGCACGAAUCUCUGAAACGGAUAUUUCAGUGUAGAUGUGAGCAAAAUUGUUAACCACAAGAAUAAAACUGUUUUGCAUAA